AUGGAGGGGGCCGGGCCCCCAUCGCCAGGAGAUGACCUGGAGCUCUCGGUGAUCCAGGGGCAGCCAGACGAGCAGACGCCUCUCAGUGGAGCCGUCCAGGGCAUCUUUCCUCUGGAGGAGGAGCCCUGCCCAGUUCAGGCUGACAAGGAAAGCCCUUGGAAAUCCUGUAAUAAGAACUUGGUUGGAAAGUGCAAACUGUGGAUGGUCCUCGCCUCUGUUUUCCUCGGUCUCGUUGUAGUCAUCAUCAUAAGCUUAUGUCUGAUUGGAGUAACCUAUGUCGAUGAGGAUGAAAAUGAAAUACUUGAAUUGUCGUCUAAUAAAACAUUCUUGGUCACGCUAAAGAUUCCAGAGGAGUGUGUUACUGAAGAGAAAUUGCCUGACCUGCUCACGAAAAGGCUCACAGAUGUGUACAGUUCAUCACCAGCUCUGAGCCGUUACUUUACUUCAGUUGAAAUCGUAGACUGCAGUGGUGAAAACGCCACAAUAACCUACCACCUGCACUUUGGGUUUCCGUCAGAAGACCACAACUUUAUGAAGUAUGUGAUGAGUGAAGAGCUGGUGCUGGGCGUUUUGCAGCAGGAUUUCCAUGAUCAGAACGUGUCCGGUUGUGAGACUCUGGGGCUUGACCCAGCGUCCCUCUGGUUCUCUGUCUUGGAUGGUUUUUCAGCCACAACCCAUCAGAAACACUGCACAUCAGCAGUGGUAAAUACUAGUGGAAAGAAUGAAAAAGGUGAACGAGAAGGAGGUGUGGUGAGUGGCAGGCACGGGGCCAGCAGCCGAGGGUCAGGAGAGUGCAACAGAUUAUAA